CCAUCGCGGCUUCUGACGCUCCUUGGGCAAGCGCUCAAGUUCCAGCAGCUCAGCGGCGUCCUUCCGUCCGAGCUCGAUCUGUUCCAGAACGCGGCCAAGCGACUUAAGGUGGACCGAACGGAAGAGAAGAUCCAGGCACCGCACGGCAAGAUCAAGUUUAGCAAGGCGUCGUGCCCGCAGACCGCGCAGUUCAGCACGGACGGCAGCAUGCUCAUCACGGGCACAAAGGAUGGUUUUGUCGAGGCAUGGGACUUUGACAAGUGCGAGCUCAAGAAGGACCUCGAGUACCAAGCGCGGGACGACUUCAUGAUGCACGAAGUGGGCGUGUCGGCCGAAGCGUUUAGCCGCGAUGGCGACCUCCUCGCGACCGCCAGUGUGGACGGCAAGGUCAAGGUCUGGAAACUCUCGACCGGGCAGUGUCUCCGCCGCUUCGAACACGCGCACGGCAACAGUAUUCACAGCAUUUGCUUCUCGCGCGAUGGCACGCAGCUCCUCACCUCGUCCUUUGACCAACUCGUGCGACUGCAUGGGCUCAAGUCGGGCCAGACGCUCAAGGAAUUCCACGGCCACGACGGGUACGUCAACCACGCGGUCUUUUCGACCGAUGCGUCCAAGGUCAUCUCGGCCUCGUGCGACGGCACGCUCAAGGUCUGGGAUGUCAAGAGUGCGUCGUGUGUGGCGACGAUGCGGCCGCCGCACGCCGCUGCCGGGGUCGAGAUGGACGUGCUCUGCGUGCUCCCCGUGCCGACGCAGAAGGACGCCCUCGUGCUCUGCACGCGCUCGAACGCGCUGCAUCUGAUCAACUUCCACGGCGACUCGCUGCGUGCGUUUGUCGAUCCGUUCGAGUCGAUCGAGCCUAAAGGCGACUUUGUCGGCGCCGUGCUCUCGCCCAAAAGCACCUUUCUCUACGGCCUCACGGAGAAGGGCUACGUGCUCUGCUUUACGCUGGCGACCGGGACCCUCGAGCACGCGAUGCAGGUCUGCAACGGCGAAGUCUUUGGCAUCGCCCACCACCCGCACCGCAACGUGCUCGCUACGUACGGCAACGAUGGCUACGUGCGUCUCUGGAGCGCCGCCAGUUUGGAUUAAUUCAUGAACAAGACCGCGGACGGCGACGUCUCUAGCAUACGGAA